UACAAGGACGGGACCUAAAGCAGCCAAUGCACAAAGAAAAACCUGAGCCUGAGAAAGCCCAGAGAAAAACACUUUAAAAAAUGAUAGGAAAAGUCAGUCUCCUUGGAAGCAAAAUAUAAAGAAAUGAGGGGUGACUCAUGAGUUUUGCUCAGUACUUUAUGAGAGUACUAAACUGGCCUGCCUGCAGUAACUGAUACAUUAUUAAAUAUGACAGCGUUGAGCGGCUGAAACUGCGUGUCGAGCAAUAACUGUGCAAACAUUUGUUUUUCAAAACAAAAACUACUGACGUCUUUGGUUCGCACUUUGCGAUUGCUGUUGUAGGAAGAGGCGAUGCAACACAAAGGAAAACACAUUACUGUCCCCACUUCUUUUCCAAAAAACAUUAAGAUGUACAAGUUUCAGCAUUUAAUGUGUUGUCUUUGUUAUGUUUUCAGUUGGGUUUAAAAGAUUUUCAAACUCACUGGUCACAGUUUCUUCGUGCCACAGCUGUGAGGGUUUGUUGGUGUCAGUCCAGGUCAUACACAGGACCACACGGUUUGUAGGAGACAACAUAACGCAAAUGCUCAUUCUGGCUAUCUUGUGUGCGUCAUACCACUUCAAAGCAGCUGCUUGAACAGAAUUAAAUUGAAUGUAAACGUUUGAAGACGGAGCCGCAACCUGCAGAUACUCUUCAAAAGAGAGCGUCCUAAUGUCUUCAUUUCAUCUUGCAGAAAUGUAUUUGCAUUUGUGGAAGAAGCACAGGAUGCGUUUGAUGUUUGUGAGAGAAUUAAUGCGAUUGUACGUGACUCGUGGAGGUUAGCUGAGGUCCCUCCUCCGCAACAGUUCAUGAAUCUAUUCUAAAUUUUUACUAUUCAAACAAAGCUCGUCUCUGAGUGUGAUUUGUUGUGUGCUCGCGGGGUAUCUUGGAGGACACCCUGAUGUUUGUUUAUCUGGAGGACAAGCGUAGCGCUCUUUAUGGGUCAUUAUUCAUGUUAAGGAGGCAUUCAUUUUGACAGAUUAGGCCACAAAAUUAAACGGUAGAUAACUUUGCCAUUCACCGCAAGUCCACACGCUCAGUUUGACUUCCUUAAAGAAGCUCACGCGAGUUUCAGAACUGCAGAGCACGCUGGGGUUUUAGCUUGGAGCGAUGGGAAAAUAAACCUCUCCAGUAGUGUGUGUAUAUACAGUAUGUGUGUAUGUGUCAUGUCCAGGCAUGUCCAAGGUGCACUCCCUUCAUCGCUUCUCCCUCCUAAUGCCCAUGAUGAUCUUUCUUCUCUCCCUCCUUCUAACGUUCCAUUUCCUGUGGUAUGUUAGAGGGAAAAACUGGUGUUUACAUUCACUCCUGCAAAACAAGGCAGAGACACAGGCAGGCAGAGAGAGAGGGGACUCAUUGAUAGAGAUCGUUGGGGGCUGUUGAUGUGGGAAAAUGUUCAGUUUGACGAGGACCAGCAUCGCUGUCUUUUCUGCCCAGUAGGUCACAUCCUUUCAUGUGAGCUCUCGAGGAGGGACGCUGGGAAGACGGCCAGACAAAUUAACGCUCUUUGUCGGGUACGGAAAUUUAGGCUGUGUGUGCUGGUGACACAAGUUCAGAAAACCCAAGAUCCACCCACUCAUUGUGUGUUAUAUAGUCCAGCUGGAUGAAACUGGAAGCUCUCUGUGGAUUUCUUUUCACGUCAUGAUGUAGACAUCAGCCUCCCGUCUGACUGAGGAGUUUAGCACUGGAUUCUCUCAAACUUUGAUUAACCAGGAGAGCACUGUAGAAGAAAGGGAUGUUCAGCAGACUCCAGACAUGUGCUGAUCCUCCGCUCUUUGCUUAGCGGUGACGUAGAGCUGGCCUGGAUAUCAGGAAAUCCCCUUAUGGAACAUUGUAUGUGGGAUUUGCGAAGGAUCAGUUUGUAUUUGGCAGAUUGAGGUUUAUUAGGGGUCAGGGGCUAAGCGGGGACAGUACUGGUGAUGGAGAUCACUCAGCUCCAGAGUCCUCAGCCCAAUCAGGAAUGAGCCAAACCCUAAAGCCCUCUUGGAGAUCUCAGGACAGGGGUACGGCUGACUGGUUUGGGGUGAGUAAGGACAGUGACAGCACCCAGCGAUGGAGGAGGAAGAGCCUGCAGCACUGCAGUCAUCUGUACGGGGGUCUGAAGACGCAGGUGAUGAGGGAGAUGGAGCUUCACAGCCAAGACAAUCUCUCCCUUGCCAGCACUGAGACCCCUCCUCCCCUCUACCUCCCACCCCUCCACCCCAGUCAUCACCACUAUGGCAUGCAGAGGAUCGUAGACCCCCUGGCUCGGGGUCGUGCCUUCCGCAAUGUGGAAGAAGUAGACGGCUUGAGCACCCUGCAAACUCCCAUGACGCCCGGCACAGCUUCCCUCUGCUCAUUUUCCAGCUCCCGCUCCGCCCUCAAUCGUCUCCCACGACGACGCAAGCGAGAAUCUGUCGCGGUCAUGAGUCUCAAAGCGGCGGCGGCGCUAAUGAAGGGCCGGACGUUAGGCGAGAGCACCGCUGGGCGGCGCCGCAGACGGAGUUUCAUGCCUCCUAGUUUCUUCGAAGAUGACACUGCGGAUUUCCCCGAUGACCUAGAUACUUCUUUCUUCACCAGAGAAGGCCUGCAGGAUGAGUUGUCCAGCUAUGCCGACGAGGUUUUUGAGACUCCAUCGGAGGCUGCCCUCAAACAGCUGGAUGAGAGCGAGCUCACGGGAAGCGCUCUGGAUAGGAAUGAACUAGAGAGGAGUCAUCUCAUGAUGCCUUUAGAGCGAGGGUGGCGGAAGGCAAAAGCAGGCUCUGCGGUCCAACCCAAAGUCCGCCUGAAGCAGGAGGUGGUGAGCGUCAACAGCCAUCAGCAGCGAGGGCAAAGAAUCGUGGUUCCGGUUAAGAAGCUUUUUGCCAGAGAGAAGAGGCCGUACGGGCUGGGCAUAGUCGGACGUCUCACUAACCGGUCGUAUCGCAAACGCAUAGACAGCUACGUCAAGCGGCAGAUUGAAGACAUGGACGAUCACAGGCCUUUUUUUACCUACUGGAUCACCUGCGUCCACCUGCUCAUUACCAUUCUGGCUGUCACCAUUUACGGUAUUGCCCCUAUCGGCUUCUCGCAACACGAAACUGUCGACUCGGUGCUGAGGAACAAGGGGGUUUACGAAAACGUGAAGUUUGUGCAACAGCAAAACUUCUGGGUGGGUCCGAGCUCUGAAGCGCUGAUUCACCUGGGAGCCAAGUUUUCCCCGUGCAUGCGUCAGGAUGAAGAGAUCCACAAGCUGAUCCAGGAGAAGCGAGCACUGGAGAGAGAGUCGGGCUGCUGUGUGAGGAAUGAUCGCUCCGGCUGCCUGCAGACUCUACAGGAGGAGUGUUCGAGCACACUGGCAGUGUGGGUGAAAUGGCCUCAGCACCCCAGUGCUCCUUCUUUGAACAGUAAACUCCGGCAACAUGGUGCCGUUUGCCAUCAGGACCCCAGAAUCUGUCUGGAGCCAGCCUCUGUUUCACCGCAUGAGUGGCCGGAUGACAUCACUUCUUGGCCUGUUUGCACAAGGUUCAACUCCGGGAAUCACACUAACCUCCCCCACAUUGAUUGCACCAUCACAGGCCGGCCCUGCUGCAUCGGAACCAAAGGACGGUGUGAAAUAACUUCUAGAGAGUAUUGUGAUUUUAUGCAUGGCUACUUCCACGAGGAGGCUACUCUCUGCUCACAGGUGGCUUGCAUGGAUGAUGUCUGCGGUUUGCUGCCUUUCCUCAACCCAGAGGUCCCUGAUCAGUUCUCUCGGCUCUGGUUGUCCCUGUUUCUUCACGCUGGAAUUCUGCACUGCUUGGUUUCGGUGUUGUUCCAGAUGACGGUGCUGAGGGAUAUAGAGAAGUUGGCUGGCUGGCUCAGAAUCUCUAUCAUCUACAUGCUCAGUGGCAUCACUGGCAACCUGGCCUCUGCCAUCUUCCUGCCCUAUAGAGCAGAGGUGGGUCCUGCUGGCAGCCAGUUCGGCAUCCUGGCUUGUCUUUUCGUGGAGCUGUUUCAGAGCUGGCAGAUCCUCGAGCGACCGUGGCGAGCGUUUGCUAAGCUGUUGGCCAUCUCUGUGUUCUUCUUCUCUUUCGGUUUGCUUCCCUGGAUCGACAACUUUGCCCACAUCUGUGGUUUCGUUUCCGGAUUCUUCCUGUCCUUCGCCUUCCUCCCAUACAUCAGCUUCGGCCGUUCUGAUAUGUACCGAAAGCGAGUCCAAAUCUGCGUCUUCCUGCUGAUCUUCCUGGGUCUGUUCUCCGCUCUGGCCGUUCUCUUCUACAUCUACCCCGUGAAGUGCGACUGGUGCGAGUACCUCACCUGCAUCCCCAUCACAGACAAGUUCUGCGAGAAGUACGACCUAAAUGCACACCUCCUCUGACUGUUAGUCCUUGGAGUCCAAGCUGAUGUCCACUGAUAAGAUAGGAGGUGCUUGGUAGCACUUACGACUGAUAAAACCAUCAGUAUUUCUAGAUUUUGUAUGGACUGGUGAAUUCCAGAUGUAUUUUUUAAUAUACAAAACAACCUGCAUGAAAGCCUUCAGGAGUUUGACUGAAUAUAUUAAUAUGCAUGAAAACAAGGAGAACAGUGGACUAAUAACUGAUCUGUGUGUGACUGAUCAGCUAAUCAGUGUCCACUUGCAUUGGCCAGUAAAAGUACACCUUAGUGGCCACAUGGAAGUUUUAUUUGGUACUUUUUUACCCAGCAGUCACAGCUUCCUGGACGCUCUGCCAUGAACUCUAAGGACACGAGGCUCUAAAUUCAUCAGCGUGCCUUACUGAAACAGCACAGCCUCUGACUUUAACGUCUGGGGAAACUGCUUUCAGACACAAAUCAUGUCAAAUAUGUUUUUUACUUCAGUAUUUGGAGGCUGGAAUUUUGUUUUUGUUUACCACUCUGGAAACCACAGCCUUUAAAGCACUCCAGUCACAAAUGGAUGUUCUGUUUUUUUAAUAUUCACCUCUUUUUUUAUAUAUGUUUACAAAAAACAACAACAACAACAAAAAAACAAAAACAGGUGGGUUCAUGUGCUCAAUUGUAGAAAGCUGUUAAAAGGUGAAUUUGUGUAUGUGUGUGUGUUUUAUUAAAAGUGGUGGCGUUUUAGCUACCUGGCAAUGAACACAAGAGGA